AUGUUUCACCAAUCUGACGUCUGCCGAGCGGACUGUAAAUUCGGCAAGUGUGACUGUUGUGACUAUUCGUGACACUUGUGUGAUUCACGAUUCACGAAUCGAGUGAGAUUGCUUCUCUUUGCGGAACACUCCGGCAAGCGACGAACCUAGGCGACAAGGAUAGCCAAGCCAAGCAUAUAUAAAUUUUCCCUUAGAACGCAGUCUUUGUCCACAUCCGUCCACUCCUGAUGGGUGAACACUUCUCCUACAGUUUCCUCGGGGGACCAUCAGCAUUAAAUUCAACAUGCCCAUCUUUCGUGACUGGAGAAACCAUAUGCCUACCCCCAGUUAAAAUCCCAUUCUACUUCUCCCUCCGCCAAAACAUAUUUGACGGCAUUCUAGACACGCACAUCGCACUCGCUGCCCCGGUGCUCGCUUAUUGGCUCCUGUCUUUUGUAUUCUACUGCCUUGACAUCUCCGGCUGGCAAUGGCUUGAUAAAUAUCGUAUUCACGAGUCAGAGGAGGUCAAAUCUCGGAAUUUGGCUACCCCUUGGGAGGUCGCACGAGCUGUUCUACUCCAGCAUGCGACGCAAACUGUGUUGGGUUUAGCGUGGUUGGCAGAGUCGCCGGAGAUCUCGGUUGCGCGGUGUCAGAGCGAGAUGGAGGCCUUGGGAAGAACAUUGGUAUGGGUUGUUCGACGUCUCUUGGGAGAGGAGACAGGAAUGAGGCUUUUGGAGCUGAGAGGGCCUGGGAUGACCCAUUGGCUGUACUGGUGGGGAAUCCCAGCUGCACAGAUGUUACUCGCGCUGUUCAUCGUCGAUACGUGGCAAUACUUCCUCCAUCGCUUGAUGCACACAAACAAAUAUCUAUACAAGAAGAUCCACUCUGUACAUCACAGACUCUACGUGCCCUAUGCCUUUGGGGCAUUAUAUAACCACCCCUUCGAGGGCUUCUUGUUGGACAGUGUAGGCGCAGCACUCGCGGAGCGCCUCUCGCAUCUUUCCAUUCGACAAACUAUUUUCCUUUUUGCAUUCAGCACGUGCAAGACUGUCGACGAUCACUGUGGAUAUAAUCUUCCAUUUGAUCCGUUUCAGAUGAUGAGCGGAAACAACGCAGACUACCAUGACAUACAUCAUCAGGCCAUUGGAAUCAAAUCAAACUUCUCACAGCCUUUCUUCGUCCAUUGGGAUGUCCUACUCGGGACGCGUAUGACCAGAAAAGAUAUUCAAGAACGUAGAAGUAAGGUUAAGAAAUCAUGAUGCACCGAUUUUGAUGCCGUGUCACAUUUGGAUUUUUUUUAUUCGAAUGAUUCAGGACUAGAGGAUUCGCUCACCCAACCUAAUGUUUUUCUUUUCUUUCGCCACCCUUCUUGCUGUAUAAUUCUAGGUUAUGAGAGCUACGAUAAUGUUUGUGACCUAACUUCCUUCGCAGUGACGAUAGCCCCUGUUUAUGCAUCACGAAACAUUGUCGUAUCAAUUACUGACCAAAGAACACCCGACGUUGACGUCGGUAUACUGGUUAUGCUUUGCAAACUCGUCAUAUGUGAUGGCUGUGUUGAUCGAUUGGUCUGGGCCUUCAAGCUUCAAGAGGCCCCUCAGCUUAAGGUAAAGAGUUUGCCCGAUCGAUCAGCGCGGUCGGGCCCAGCUUUUUAGGCUCUUUCAAGC